GUGCAGUGUAACCGACGCACCUGACGCUUUUCAAAAAGACAACAAUAAUAAUAUAUAAACAUACACUUUAUUAGGCGUAGAUCUAAGGUUUUGAGCAACCGGCCAUUGGCUGUGAACUAUUUUUCACCUAGUUAAAGAUCUGCAUGUUGACUCUCUGUUACCAUGGCAACUACAGACAUGGAAACGAUCAAAGAGGUGCCUGGAUACAAGAUCAUUCUCAAAGUCAUCCUAAAACAGCAGAUUAAACAACUGAUUGAACAGCUAGCGACCACAACAGAGGAAGAGUCCAUCAUCAUAACAGCGAGUGUGGCUGACGGCACCCUGAGUCACCUGGGCUCUGACUCAGCUAAAGGCUUCCUCGAGGACCACGAGGAUGUCAAGUCACAGUUCCUGGGAUACUGCCUCAAAACACAUCACCAGCGCAAGCAGGAGGAGAAAGAGCGAAAGGAUGCAGAGGAGGAAACCGCUAGGAUGCAGCAAGCCCCUAUAUCUCAUUACCCUUCCCCCAGGGGUUCACCAAGGGGUGCGUACAGAGCCCGAGCUCCUAGGUUUACCUCCCUAAGAUUCUAUGGGGUGAGACAUGAGCCCUACCCAGUUUCACAGCCAAGAAGGUAUUCAGCAGGAUCAGAAGGUCAGGGAGGAGUGGCAAACACAUAUGAGUCCUCAGAGCCCUCGGGGAACAUGAAGACUGAACCACUUGAUCCAAACUCAAGUGAAACGGACAAUGUUUCAAGUCAUUCAGAUCAGGAACAAUUACCAGUAAAUUCUGGUUUAAACCCCUCAGGACUUGGUGCUAGUGUUAGUGGGAACGUUAAUGUGAAACUUGAAGAAUCACAAGAAUCUGAAGAGGAAUUGGAAAUCACAGGGGUAGAACCUGGUCAGAUUGUUCCCAAUGAUGUAUUGUGGGACCCGAGCCAUUCUGUGGGGAUGGCCUUGGAACAGAUGGGCGCCACUGGGUCCCCAGGGGACAUGGCAAAUCAACAGAAAUACAAGUCAGUGAAGAAUUGCCAAUAUUGUGGACGAAGAUUUAUGGGUAGAACGGCACUAGAGGAACACAUCCGAACACAUACAGGAGAAAAACCCUUUAAAUGUGACGAGUGUGGAAAGACGUUUGCGCUGAAGGGCAAUAUGAAGAAACAUAAGAUGACUCAUAUUAAAAAUUGCCAAAUUUGGAGCUUAUCAGGCUAACGGCGAUUUCUCCUUUCCGUGCUAUUGAACCGUUAACAGCUUGUAAGCUUGUUUAGCAAUUAUGUAUCCAUUGAUAAGAAUUCCAGAUAAUGUUUGGUUCUUCUGGCAAGGCAGGUUGACUUGAAAAAGUCACCAUGACUGGAAACUGAUGGUUCCAUUGUUUUUCCCUAGUUGUACAUUGUAACAUGUCGUCCAUCUAAAUUAAUUUAAUUUAGUGUAUUUGUUCGAAAACAACUGCACAGUAUUGUAGAACCGUAUUUAAAAAUAAUAAUAAUAAAGAUUAAGGCAAAUCAGUGUCAUCUUCUUGCCCUGGACAUUCGGUAUUGCCCUAAUUGUAGGUAUUGUUACAUAACGUGUUAUCAGUACAGGUUACCAAGCCUGUAGCGAACGGGUCAGGUGCUGCUUCGUCACUUUAUUCUCAGUUGUCCUCAUAGCACAAUUAUAUCUGUGUAUCUAGAAUUCUCCAUGUUCCGGACAGUCAUCAAUGUCCUCUUCGCUGGGCGUAGAUCAAAUGCCAUUGGAAUUAGUCGCCAAGUCGGCACCACAAAACGUGUGACAGGCAGGGUAGUUUUUCUCGUUCUUACAUGUCGGACACUGUUUUCGUCCGCUCUGUCAAAUGAACUGCAUUCUUUCUGCUUCCAUUUGCAUUUCCCGAAACACACCUAUGUGCUCCUAAACCUUGUCUAGAUGGCAAUAGUAUCACAAGUGCUAUCAGAAGCAGUCGCCAAGUCACUACCACAAGUUGGAAAGACAGGGCUGAGAGUUACUUUCGUCCGCACCUUUUAGACAGUUAUUCGUUCGUCUCUUCAGUUCAUUGUGGGUCACCAUUAAUGAGACUUGCGCAUUCCCGAUCUUCCCGACACAGGAAUCUGUGCAGAACGUCUUCAUGGUACGAACUGUCGGCUGUGUCCCUAUAAUAGUAAAUUGCACUUGUGCAUUCCGCACAGGUUACUUAGCCAUCAUCUCCAUAUAGUAACGGUUUAUCAUAUUUUCACAGUAUAUAAUUAUAUAUUAUUAAUCAGUCAAAGUAUGUAUGUCGUAUAUUGAAUAAGGAUAGGGUUCUUUAUAAUUGUCACGGCUACUAUUUUUGUUGAUGAAAUUUCAACAAAUAGACAUGUAUUUCAAAAUGCAAAUACUUGGAAACUGUUCACUUUUUACUGGAGACCUUUAAUUUCAAAUAAACUUGUUUUGUAUUGUAUUACUUAGGAAUACAAAGUAUACAUAUGUACGUUCUAAUUUCCAAAAAUACAGUUGCAUUUUGUUGAAAACGAAAAUGCUGACAUUUCCUCACUCUGGUAAAAUAUAGUUGUUUGAUUAUGUUACUGUUUCAUAACGGUUAAAUAUUGCAUUGAUGAUUGCGUUGAUAACUUGUUUUUGAAGUUUUGUUUGCUAUGUUUUUUUUUACAAAUUAUUGUGACAGACAGCUAGAUAUGCUUCCGUUCUCUCAAGUUCAAAUUCAAAAUUGUAAUAAAACAGGGAAGAAUUUUUAUUCUUCGAUUACCUUAGUCUGCUUGUUGUUAUUAGCACCUACGUUUAAGCUCGUAUACUCGUGCUGUAAUACCAUUGGAGUCGCUGUGCAAAACUUGGCUGUAUCUCAAACCUUUCAUAAUAUUAAAUUUAUGAACAUGUUGCAAGACAAACACAAACAUAUAUAGCUGUCGAGUUAUGCUCAUUGUUCGACUGAAAAAAAUCACCCGACAUUCCCUCAGCGGGACUCUUGUUUUUUUAAGCGAAGUGUUUUUCUUUUAAAUUUAAGUGUCGUUAAGCAAACCUGUGAAAACGUCCUUACAGUGUCCUUAAAACUGCUAUAAUUAUGACAGAAGUUAUUUGAUAUUGUUAGUUUUACUGACCUUAAAAAGCUGUUUCGUAAAGAAUAAUAACAAGCUUUAUCGCGCCUUCAUCACGAAUGCCAUUGGCCCAAGACUGCUCAAGCGGUGACCCUAUAUUUUUCCAUAUUGGUUCAUUUAUCUUUGUAUUCUGCCAAAAUGGCUUCUAUACAUGUAUAAAGAAAAUAAUCUCAAAACGUGUUGGCGUCUUGAACAAUGUUAACAAGUUGUCGCCAUAAUAUAUACGUUACGGGGUUAAUAGGUGACCCGAUAUGGGAUAUACGGGGCGCAGGAAACCAUAUUCUGGUUCGUGAUUGAGCUUAAGUCUACAGUAGAAAAUGCACUUUGUAAGAUGAAUUUAAAAUGCAAACGAAACCAAACAAGUUUUACGGACAAAGUUAUCUUGUUAAAUUUUGCAAAAAUCGAACGUCGACCAGAAAUGAAACAGAAGUACUCAAUAUUGACACACACAUGCACGUUUAAACCACUUUCUGCGCACUUCGUCAUCUAUGUAUGUGUAAAACUACUGGUUCGUUGUCGUGUAGAUUUUGCGCACUUCGUCACCCAUGUAUAUAUUAGUGUUAAACACUACUGGUUCGUGAUCGUGUAGAUUACUUUUUGCGCACUUCGUCACCAAUGUAUA